CCCCGGCCAAGGGUCGGCCGGCUCCGCGGGGCUGCAUUGCCAGGACACGGGGGAGCGGUCGCCAGCACCAUGUCCGAGCCCAAGGGCACCGUGGUGCUCGCCUACAGCGGCGGCCUGGACACCUCCUGCAUCCUGGUGUGGCUGAAGGAGCAGGGCUAUGCCGUGGUGGCCUUCCUGGCCAACAUUGGGCAAAAGGAGGACUUUGCAGAGGCGCGGAAGAAAGCGCUGGCGCUGGGGGCCAAGAAGGUCUUCGUGGAGGACGUGCGCAGGGAGUUCGUGGAGGAGUUCGUGUGGGCGGCCGUGCAGGCGGGCGCGCUCUACGAGGAGCGCUACCCGCUGGGCACGGCGCUGGCGCGGCCCUGCAUCGCCCGCCGGCUCGUGGGCAUCGCCCGGCGCGAGCGAGCCGCGUACGUCGCGCACGGCGCCACGGGAAAGGGCAACGACCAAGUGCGCUUCGAGCUCUCCUGCUACGCGCUGUGUCCCGGCAUCCAGGUCAUCGCGCCAUGGAGACUCCCUGAGUUUUACCGCCGCUUCCCGGGGCGCCGCGAGCUCAUGGACUACGCCGAGAAACACGGGAUCCCGGUGCCGGUGACGCCCCAGACGCCCUGGAGCAUGGAUGAAAACCUCAUGCACAUCAGCUACGAAGCCGGGAUCCUGGAGAACCCCAAGAAUCCAGCUCCCCCUGGGCUCUACACGAAGACCUGUGAUCCAGCCACCGCUCCGGACACCCCGGACAUCCUGGAGAUCGAGUUCAAACAGGGUGUCCCCGUCAAGGUCACCAACGCCGGGGACGGAGCCGCCCGCCAGGAGGCCCUGGAGCUCUUCGUCUACCUCAACGAGAUCGCAGGCAAGCACGGCGUCGGGCGCAUCGACAUCGUGGAGAACCGCUUCGUGGGAAUGAAGUCCAGAGGUAUCUAUGAGACCCCAGCGGGAACGAUCCUAUACCAUGCACAUUUAGAUAUCGAGGCCUUCACCAUGGACCGGGAAGUGCGGAAAAUCAAGCAGGGGCUCGCCCUGAAAUUCUCCGAGCUGGUGUACAACGGCUUCUGGCACAGCCCCGAGUGCGAGUUCGUGCGGCACUGCAUCGGCCGCUCGCAGGAGGCCGUGCAGGGCACGGUGCGCCUCGCCGUGCUCAAGGGCCACGUCUACGUGCUGGGCCGCGCGUCGCCGCGCUCGCUGUACAACGAGGAGCUGGUGAGCAUGAACGUGCAAGGGGACUACGAGCCCGCCGACGCCACCGGCUUCAUCAACAUCAACUCACUCAGGCUAAAGGAAUAUCAUCGUCUCCAGAGCAAGGUCACCGUAAAGCAGGAUGAAUAGCAAUCAAUCGCAUGCGGGCCUCCCGCUCCCCUUUCUAAUUUUGCUAAGAACUAGCGCUAAUUGUGGUGGUAAUUUGUAAUUGUAACUCGUCUCCCAGAGCCGGCGCCGAGGUUGCGAGUGAAAUGGAAGCAUUAAAAAGGUGCUCGGCCAGAGGAGAAGUGGGGAAAGAAAUUAAAAACAGCCACGCGCUGGGGCUCUUCAUUGAGAGCGGGGCUUUAUUCUUGGCUUGUUUGUUUGCUCUUCUUGCGUUGAGUUGGCCAAGCGCUUCCCUGAGUCGGGCUUUGUGAAAUUUGUAAUGGAUUAAGUGCCUCUGAAGGACGUGAGGGUUUUGUCGCAAUCGGUACCUUUUUAUUAAAGUGGGGAAGGAGGAGAGAAAUCUUCC